UUUUCUGUCAUCUUCACAUUUUUCUUCUUCUUCUUUCUCACUUCUUGAACCUCUUUCUUUCCACUACAGCUCUGUGCUAUUGCUCUCUGCGGCCAAAACGCGAACGCGGCUUCGUCACUGGCGAAUCUCACAUUCCGAGCUACCGAUUAGAACCGUUCGCUGAGUCGCGUCACCGAGUCCGAUCUUCCAGCAUGUUGGACGGCCUGCUCGGUCGAGGAUUCGCCGCGAAAUGCAAAUCGUUGAUGAAAUUGACGAAGAAUCGGAUCGACUUGAUAAGGAGGAAGAGAAAGGCAACGGAGAAGUUUCUGAAGAAGGACAUCGCUGAUCUGCUGGCGAAUGGUUUGGAUGACCGUGCUUAUGGAAGGGCUGAAGGACUCUUUGUUGAGUUGAGUUUGUCGUCUUGUUAUGAUUUUGUUGAUCAAUCUUGUGACUUUGUGUUGAAACACCUCCCAGUGCUGCAGAAGCUGAGUGGAUGCCCUGAGGAAGUCAGGGAGGCUAUAUCAUCUCUGAUGUUUGCCGCUGCAAGAUUUUCUGAUCUACCAGAGUUACGUGACCUUCGUCAAAUAUUUCAGGAUAGAUAUGGAAGUUCUCUAGAAUGUUAUGUCAAUCAAGAGUUUGCUACGAAUUUGAAUUCAAAGUCUUCUACGUUGGAGAAGAAGGUUCACCUGAUGCAGGACAUUGCUUCAGAGUUUGCAAUAAAAUGGGAUUCCAAAGCUUUUGAACUAAGGAUGUCAAAAUGCUCUGUUUUUGCACAGGACCGCAAUAAUUUUAAGUCUAACCACACGAGUGAUCAUGAUAUACCAUUACAAGGCAAGGAUGCUACCCCAAAAGGAGUCAAGUUUGAGAGAAGUCAUGACCAUCCUAAUGACAGGCACAAAUUUCAGAAUGGCAAGGAGGCUGUUGUCUCAAAGGGAGACGAAAAUCAUCUCUGUUCCAAAUCCAACCCUCCAAUCCCUGAAAAUGGAUUCAAGCCACUAAGCAGUUACGAUGAAGUAAAUCUGAAAAGGGAUAGCCAUGGCAAUCCGUUACCUGGAAGAGAAGAACUUUCUAAGGUGAGUGAUAGAGGCUAUUGGAAGGAGGGUAGUAUGCUAAAACCAAUUGGAUCUUCUUCCAAGGAUACAAGAGAGGAACAAUUUGAAGGUGGUUCCAAUCUGCAUGAUAGUUGGGGGAAUGCCAGGCGUGUAAAAGAAAGCCAGGACACUGCUACUGCUAGGAAGUCUCCUGGUCCUGCCGGAUCUCGUUCAAAGAACAAUGUGAAUGAGUCAUAUGUUGUUAAUCACGGUGGCCUACCUGAUGUUGAUUACUUGGAGAGAAAAAAUCCAAAGGAUGAAACUUUUAGAGUAAAGCCCUUCUACAAUAAUGCGAAUCCACCUGCUUAUACAAGAGAGGAACAAUUUGAAGGUGGUUUCAAUCAGCAUGAUAGUUGGGGGAAUGCCAGACGUGUAAAAGAAAGCCAGGACACUGCAACCUCUAGGAAGUCUCCUGGUCAUGCAGGAUCUCAUUCAAAGAACAAUGUGAACAAGCCAUUUGCUGUUAAUCAUGGUGGCCUACCUGACGUUGAUAACUCUGAGAGAAGAACUCAAAAGGAUGAAACUCCUAGGGCAAAGCCCUUCUACAAUAAUGCCAUGAUCCCACCUCCUUAUGUAAAACCUCAUUCUAAACUGAAGAACAACAAGCAUGAAAACAAUUCAGUAUAUUCAAAUAUUGACAGUGAUGGGAUCCGUACAUACCCUUUGGUACAUGAAAAGCCUGAUGCUGCUCCUACAAUGGACAGGAUCCAACCAGGUUUGGAUGAUUCUGAACGGGAUUUGCAGGCCACUAGACAUGCAAGACUGAGUAAACAUGGUCAUGAAAAAGCACUCUCUGUUCAGGAAGAUGCUACAGAAGCCGUUGUAUUAAAACAAAAGUCUACAAGACGGAAGCACUCAAAAUCAAGAUCUACUCAAGAUGAUGCCAGUAAUGAAGAUGCUGAAGUUGUGAGAAAACCAAGGAGUAGGAGACGAGAUGAACAAAAACGUGGCCUGCAAAUUUUGUUUGAUGAUGAGCGGCACAAAAACGAUGAAGAGGAAAGGGUAAUAGAUAGAUUACUGAUCCAUUAUAGCAAAAAACCAUCCAUAAAUGUUCCUGAAAAAACAAGAAGAAAGUAUAGAAGUCGCCUUGUACAUCAGAUGGAUAACUCAACCAGAGAUGGACCUGAUGAGACACCAGAGAUGGUUACUCGUCCACCAAGAUCAGUUUCACUUCCCCGUGAACAAACAGAAGCUGUGGAAGUUAAAAAAGUAUAUGCUCGUGCUGCUUCAUUUCAGCCUGAGAGGUUGAAGGAAGCUCGGCAUGUACAUCCCAAGUUACCUGACUGUGAUGAUUUAGCUGCUAGGAUUGCGGCCUUGAGAGGAACAUAAGUGAUAGAAUCACGAUGAAUAAGUACUCGUCUACCAGCAUGAUUGCAGUGAUUAUGGUCAUCAUGCUUUAAUCUCACGUACGGUUGGUAUUGUUGAGGAAUGCAGUGUAGUGCUUUAAUUUCCAAGUGUCGAAUACGCCAUAGCUAUAUUAUUCGUCAGCCAUGGCCGUUCCUGUGUUGUCAUCAUAUUUUCUAAUGAUGGUUUUACGCAAAAUUCAUAGUGUUUUCAAAUGUUAUGAUUGUAAAAGUGUUUUCUGUCGAGUAAACGUGGUUUUGUGCCACAGUUAGUCGACCAUAUACAUUGUAGUACCACACCUCCAAACAUGAAUUUCGUUGAGGUUACACUAUUACAAUAUUGUCGUUUUUUAAAAAAAAGUAAAAUUGAUUGUGAAA